AUGUCUUCAGGUGAUGAAUGGUGUUUGAUAGAAAGCGAUCCAGGAGUAUUCACUGAGCUGCUGGAAUCAUUGGGAUGUGAACAAGGGCAGCUAGAGGAGCUCUGGAGUCUAGACGACGAAACUCUAGCAGCUCAUGGGGAAAUAUUUGGGCUAAUAUUUUUGUUUCAAUGGCAACACACGGGAAAAGGAAGUACUACGACGGUCAAGAAGCCUUGUCUGGCCGAAGAUCAAGUUCCCGAAGGUCUAUUUUUUGCUCAUCAAGUCACGACCAAUGCGUGUGCUACACAAGCCAUCUUGUCCGUCAUGCUGAAUCAAGAUUUGGAGCUGGGACCUACUCUGAAUGAAUUCAAGGAAUUCACGGCAUCCUUCCCACCAUCGCUUAAGGGUGUGGCCAUUUCAAGCAGUGAACCCAUUCGAAAAGCCCACAACUCUUUUGGCAGACAAGACGCCUUUCUUAACGACGGGAAGUUCGUUUCACCUUUCCGCCAGUCAGACGAUGUCUUCCACUUCGUAGCAUAUAUACCAAAGGGUAAUACGGUCUACGAACUUGAUGGACUUCAGGAGGGGCCUAUAGUUGUGGGGGAAUUGGAAAACGAUAGCAAUGGUGGCAUGGCACAGAAUCAUUGGCUCGCAGUUGCUCGAAAGGCCAUCCAGGGAAGAAUGACAGGAGAUGCUAUUAAGUUCAAUCUAAUGGCAGUAGUCAAAGACAAGCGCAUUGCUUUGAAGUCUCACUUGGAGGCAAAUCCAAGCGAUGAAACAGCUAUGCUACAACUCCAAAUGGAAGAGCAAAAGCGUUCACAUUGGAAGCUCGAAAACCAACGACGUCGACACAACUAUGUUCCUCUUGGUGUUUCCAUGCUGAAGGAGCUUGCCAGGAUGGGUACUCUAAAAAAACACAUGGAUCAAGCGCAGGAACGAAAAAACAAGCGGGCAAAAAACUGA